UACAGUUUAACACAUAUUCACAUAGAAAGCACUGUAGUAAAAAUAUUUCACAAUAUUAGUGCUUUUGCUGUACUUUGUAUCAAAUAAAUGCAGGCUUGAUGAGCAGAAAGGAAUUCUUUAAAAAACAUUAAAAAUCUUACUGUUCAAAAUCUUUUGACUGCUGGUGUAUAUGAGAAGCUAUAUCCAUUUCUUGUGUGCAUCUAUGUUGCAGGCAGCCGUGUAUCAAAUCAAAUCAAAAUUUAUUUAUAAAGCUCCUUAAAAAAACACAGAGUGGACAAAAGUGCUGUACAAUUACAUAAAAUACAAAAUAAUAAAAAUACAAUAAAAUAAACCAAUAUUAAUGCAUCUAAUCCGAACCAAUAGUUCUCACAAAGCAGCAAAAGCCUCACCAAACAAAUCUGUCUUAAAGCGGGUUUUGAACAUGUUUACGGAGGCGGGCGAUCUGACGGAUAUCAGUAGAUCGUUCCACAGCCGUGGGGCAGACACUGAAAAGCAGGAUCUCCUUUGGUUUUUAGACGUCAUCGAGGGAUUUCGAGAAGCAGCUGGUCUCCGUCAGCGAUGGAAAUGCACGAGCUCAGACAUAUAUUUUGUUGCCGGUCCAUGUAGGGCCUUGAGAGUAUAUGAUGGACUCUUUCUAAAUGUUCACUUAAUGUGCAAUUACUCAACUCUCUCCUACAGAACUUAAACAGGGUCAAACCGACCCGAUGAGAUGAAACUGGACUUAAACACUCCAGAAAUGUACGUUCUAUAAAUCUAUACUGUGAAAAAUACUCACUGCAGCAAAAGUGGGACAACUAGCCCCAGUGCCCCAAUUUCUGGAGUAUUUUGUUGUUGUGGUGCGUGUUGAAUCUCAGUGAGGUCACAUGACUGGAGGUCUCUUGAACAACUCACAGAAAGAGUCAGUGUAUGAUUUUCUGUAUCAGUUAACUUCUAUGAACUAAACUAAAUCCACGUGUUGCGAGCAUGCUUUGUGUUUAAAGCAGGUUUUGUCCUCGCUGCUCUUCAGCAGAGUUUCUCAGGAGCUUCGCAGGAGGUUUCUUGAAGCAGAGACACAGUUCUUCUGGAUUUAGUCUCUGUUUGUUCUGUUGAUCAGAUCACAUCUCUAAAAUAGCACUGGAUUAUUAGUUUACAAAACAUUACUACUUACUUAUAAGACCCUUAAUGGUUCAGCUCCUGCGUACCUAACUAUUCUUCUGCCACGAGGAUAGCGAAGUCCACUAAAGGAGGCAGAGCUUUUUCAAACUCUGGAACGGCCUUCCUGAUAACGUUCGGCGUUCAGACACACUCUCUCUGUUUAAAUCUAUUAAAGACACGUCUCUUUAGCCAAGCGUUCACAUAAUGCAUCUCAUAAUCUUGUACUGCUGUUACAUCUGAUCAAAUGCACAUUAUCAUUCUUUUGCUUGAACACAUCAUUUUUUAUUUAUUUAUUUUUGCUUGCUUGGAACAGCUGCUACGCUAAUUGUGUCUCUAUUUGUUUCUCUGUUUCUGUCACAGGAUUGGCAUCCCGAGCCAAUAAAAGACCAGUUCUAUUUGUUGACCCAAAAGAACCGCCACAAUUGGUUGUGUCCAAACGUCCCACCUCUGUGUCCUGCGGGAGAGACACUAAACUAAGGACACGUCUAAGCUGGCGAUGGUCAGACAGACUUUGGCAGAGACUUUGUGAGGAUCGAAGCAGGACAGCUCUGCAGUGGCUCAUUUCAUCAUCGUCAUGUCAAACACCUCGGCUCUGAGCCUGAACUCCAGCGUCUCUGGGUGGCGCCGUCCGCUCUGGUACCAGUAUGAAGUGUGUGCAGAAGCUCCUCAUUGGUUCAUCUUCUACUUUGGAGUGAAAGUAUUGAACCUGGUGGCAGGAUUCCCAAUGAACGCCCUCGUGGUGUGGCAGAUCCUGAGGAAGAAGAGCGAAGGCUCAACAUCCGACGUCUUCAUUUUUAACCUCUCCAUCCUGGACGCCUAUUUUGGCCUCAUGACGCCGGUGGAUAUGGCCAACCGGCUGUACUUCAACCAUCCGUCUGUCUGGUACUCCCAGCGUUUCGCCUACGGACUCAAAGACGUGACUCCGCUGUUUCUCACCUGUAUUUGUCUGGACAGGUACAUCGCUGUAGUCCAUCCCAUCCUCUUCACCGGGAUCCGUGACACUCGCAUCCGGAUCGGCAUCUCGGUGCUGGUUUGGGGACUCAUCCUGGCCUACUCACUGACCAAAUGCAUCUUAGGCGUCAUGAGCGUGAACGAGGUCUUCAGCGGAGUCAUCCUCUCGGCCUUCUUCAUCAUGGUGUUCUGCAACCUCUCCAUCAUCUGGGUCCUCAGGAAGAGCGUCGCAGGGAAAGAAGUCAUGAACCCGGUGAAGAAGAGGGCCUUUAAAAUGGUGAUUAUCAUCCUUGCCAUCAUCGUAGGGAACUAUCUGCCUCCCGUGGCUCUGUUGCCGUUUGCAUCCACCUUCUCAUUCAUGAAGCUGCAUUGCAAGGUUCUUCUCGGCGUCUUCUCCCUCAUGGACCUGAGCUGCACCAUCGAGCCCCUGCUCUACAUCUCUAAGAUGGAUCGAUCCGCGUUCUGUCAAUGUCUGCAGAGUCCUUCCAAGAAACCCAUCACCGUGAGCGUCUGAAAUGAAAAACUGUCUGAUUUUGUGUGUGUGAUUGUAGACUUUUGGGUUGUCAUUGUAUGUUUCUGAUCCAGUGGUUCUCAACUGGCGUGUCUCAGGUCUGUUGUGAUUGGUCACUGAACGAGGGAAAAACACAAUGUUAAAUGCAAAAAAGUCAACAUUUUGAUAGUAAAAUAGACUCAUCAACCAAAUAAAGAAAAGAGAAAACUCCUCCCAUAGGCAUAGCUACUGAUGUCAAAGAUUGUGUGUCCAUCAAACUCUACAGAAUUUUGGCACAAAUUCAUCCUUCCUCAGUAAGAUUUAUCUGUAUGGGGGUAAAAGUCAAAUUAGACAUAUGGAUCGACUUGGACAGGGUGUGUGACGCUCUCAUCCUCAAACCAUGAAUAAAACUACACACUCAAAAAAUACAUCACAUUCACUCUGUUUGUGCAGCGAACUGUCUGCUGCAUGGAAACACUUCAAUUGGGUUAAAGCCAUGUAAAUAACUUUUCAUCUUACUGGGCCUUUUCAGGGUCUACUUAUUACAACAUUAAUAUAUUUCAAUGUUUAAUAUGUAAAUUUUAGCACCGUGUUGCAUGCUGCUGUAUUUAUGGUUAGAGUACUUGUCUUAUUUGAAAUUCUGAUUUGAUCAAAACCAGUAGAGAAGCACUGAUUUAACGAAGCGCUCAUCAUCAGCAUGUUGACUUUAUGAAACUGUGCGGGUUGUUGUGUUUUCUGUGUCGUGUUUCCCCAGACGUCUCCUGUUUGCCUGUUUCUCCGCUGCUCGUUUAUCUCCUAACGACUCUUUUCUGAUUGAUCUUCAGACUCUGGGAAGAUCAGGCUACAGCGAACGGAUCUGAACUUCACUUUCUUCCCCUCACUGUUGUGUUUGUGUCAGAUAACCUGAUUCUUUCAUUUCUCACUGAUUAGAUACCAGCUUUCCAGAUGCAUAAUUAAGAACAUUAACGAGUCAAUAAUUAAGACGUUAAUUAAAAUGCCUGGGGAUUAAUUAAGAACGGACUGAGGUGACGCAGAUGGUACGAGCUUGUAAUUGUGUAACUAGAUAAUGCUACGAGAUUAAUUAACAUGAAAAACAUUUACAGUAGAUGCUCACGCGAGUUUGUGUUGUCAUUGAUCUCGGACUGCUAGAGAUGGUUUAAUAACAUGAGCAUAAACGACAAGAUAUAUGAACAGUUGCUGUAUUUUUGAUGCAUA